AUGUCCUCUUUACUGCCGGCCUCGAACUGCGCGCAGUCCAAGGAGCACGUGCUGGCGUGGAUUCUCGUCGACACGCCGUCGCCGCCGUGCUCUGGUUUCAAAAACUCUCUAGUGUUGGUGUAUCCAAGCAAAGUCAUUCCCAAAGCGAUCUUGACGGCAGCAUGGGUCACCAGAAUGAUGGAGCUGGCCUUCGGGAACUGCGACUCCACCUUGGGGAUAAACUUGGUCCAGAACUCACGACAUCUCUGCAUCAACUCGUCCUCCUCCUCGCCCUUGUCGGACGGAACAACCGUGUCGGGCGGCCAUUUGUCGGACAGAUCUUGGAAAUACUGCGACAGAACAGCUAUAUUUGCUGGUUCCGGGAUGGUGGGUCUAUUUGGUCUAUACCACUCGCCAAUACCUCUAUCGAGGAAGAUGCUGAGUCCUAGCUCCUUGGCUGUGGGCUGGAUGGUCUCGACACAUCUAUAA